AUGGUUAUGUUCCACCUGAAGGUGAUUGCCGUGGAUGAGAAUCUCAACGUGGUUCAACAGAGCAAUGUGCAGUUUGACAGUGAACUCUCAGAGUACAGCACCCAGGGUGGGGUGCAUGUGCACAGUGACAGACUGACAGUCACCUCUCCAGUGCUCAUGUGGGUGAAGGCCCUUGACAUUAUUCUUCAAAAGAUGAAAAAUGCUGGCUUUGAUUUCUCCAAAGUAAAAGCUCUUUCAGGAAGUGGCCAGCAACAUGGUAGUGUAUAUUGGAAGAAAGGAGCCAGACAAGUUCUUCAAAACCUUGAUGCAGAAAUGCAUUUGCAUGAACUUCUGCAGGGGAGUUUUGCGGUGUUGGACAGUCCAGUGUGGAUGGAUUCCAGCACCACAGAACAGUGUCUUAACCUGGAGACCACAGUGGGUGGAGCCCAGAGACUAGCAGACGUUACUGGCUCACGGGCCUAUGAGCGAUUCACUGGGAACCAGAUAGCCAAGAUUUACAAGACAAGACCAGAGCUGUACCAAGAAACUGAGAGAAUCUCAUUGGUCAGUAGCUUUGCCUCCUCCCUCUUCCUGGGAAACUAUGCUGAUGUUGAUUAUAGUGAUGGGUCGGGGAUGAAUUUGAUGGACAUCUUCACAAAACAGUGGUCACAACAAUGUCUUAGUGCCACUGCCCCACAGCUGGAGGACAAGCUUGGUACCCCGGUACCAUCCACAGCAGUUCUGGGUCCGAUCUCCACCUACUUUGUCAGCCGCUAUGGGUUCCCGGCAGAUUGCAAAGUGGUGGCAUUCACAGGGGAUAACCCAGGAUCUCUAGCAGGAAUGAGACUUCAGGAAGGAGACAUAGCAGUGAGUCUUGGCACCAGUGACACAGUUUUCCUCUGGAUCAAGGACCCCAAACCCACUGUGGAAGGACACAUCUUCUGCAAUCCUGUUGACUGCCAGGCCUACAUGGCUUUAAUAUGCUUCAAAAAUGGCUCUCUAACCAGAGAGAGAAUCCGGAACGAGUGUGCGGCGGGGUCAUGGGAGGUUUUUUCCAAGGCCCUAAGGUCUGUUCCCAUGGGAAACAAUGGAAAUAUAGGGAUCUAUUUUGAUGCAAUGGAGAUCACACCGCCGACAGCUGGGGUUCACAGAUUUAAUGAGGAGAACAGUAAGGUAGCAGGAUUUUCGGAGGAGGUGGAAAUCCGAGCCUUAGUGGAGGGACAGUUCCUGGCAAAGAGGGUCCAUGCUGAAAAGCUAGGCUAUAAAAUCAUCCCGGGAACGAGAGUACUUGCUACGGGCGGAGCAUCCUCCAACAAAGAUAUACUGCAGGUCCUGUCCGAUGUGUUUGGCGCUCCCGUGUACACGAUCGACACAGCCAACUCCGCCUGUCUGGGCUGUGCCUACAGAGCCAUGCAUGGAAUUGUCGCAGAAAAAGGAGUGCACUUUGCUGAAGUGAUUAGAAAUGCCCCAGAACCCAAACUUGCAGUGACACCAACCCUUGGCGCAGAUAAGGUAUUUGAACCACUGUUGAAGAGAUAUGCUGAACUGGAGGAGAGGGUGUUCAAGGAAUCACAGCAAUAGCUUUUUCUUACAUUUUUUAUUAGGAUUAUGACAAUUUAACUGUGAGGGAUAUGGAGGGCACGGUAAAAAAGGGGUUGAUUCUUCUACAUUGGAAUGUUAUGUCAUAAAGAUAACCAUUGAUAUAUGGUCAGAAUAAUCAUCAAGAAAAGCUCAUUUCAGUUCAUUUAAGAAUGUUAUUGGAGUUUAUUCAACUGUUAUUCUUCAC